GGAAGUGAAGGAGGGAUUUCCUUUUCCGGGUACGGGUCCCCUCCCCCCAAAGGCAGGAGGGAGAGAGAGAGAGAGAGAGACUGAGGCGGCGGAGGCGGAGGAGGAGAGCUUGAGCCCCCCGGGCCUUGGACCGAGAGGCUGACAAAUGGCUGCUAAAAUUGGAGAGAUCCCUCACUUGAAUAACUCCGCAGCACUGGUGGAUCCUGCCCUGUACGGUUACGGAGUAAAACGGCCUCUGGAUGACGGAAGUCUUCGUUUAAGUUGGCUCCAUGGAGCACAGAUAAGAGAAACUCAGAGAAUAGGUAACCAGUUAGGGGCCCUGGUACAUCAAAGGGCAGUAAUAACCGAAGAAUUUAAAGUGCCUGACAAAAUGGUUGGAUUCAUAAUCGGCAGGGGCGGUGAGCAGAUCUCCCGGAUUCAGGCGGAGUCAGGGUGCAAAAUUCAAAUCGCGCCAGACGGGGGUGGAAUGGCCGAACGGCCCUGUGUGCUCACCGGAACGCCAGAGAGCAUCGAGCAAGCCAAGCGUCUCCUGGGGCAGAUUGUGGACCGCUGCCGGAACGGGCCGGGUUUCCACAACGACGUGGACAGCAACAGCACCAUCCAGGAGAUCCUCAUCCCGGCCUCCAAAGUAGGCCUGGUCAUCGGCAAGGGCGGAGAGACGAUAAAGCAGCUGCAGGAACGAACAGGCGUGAAAAUGAUUAUGAUCCAGGAUGGCCCUUUACCGACUGGAGCGGAUAAACCUCUCCGGAUUACCGGAGAUGCUUUUAAAGUACAGCAAGCGAGAGAGAUGGUGCUGGAGAUCAUCCGAGAGAAGGACCAGGCGGACUUCCGAGGCGUACGCAAUGACUUCACUUCCAGGAUGGGCGGAGGGAGCAUAGAGGUCUCAGUGCCCAGGUUUGCCGUGGGAAUCGUAAUAGGAAGAAACGGCGAAAUGAUAAAAAAGAUCCAGAACGAUGCUGGGGUUAGAAUUCAGUUUAAACCAGAUGAUGGGAUUAGUCCAGAAAGAGUUGCUCAGGUCAUGGGUCUGCCGGAUCGGUGUCAGCACGCAGCCCACAUCAUCAGCGAACUUAUCCUCACAGCACAGGAGCGUGAUGGUUUCGGGAGCCUUGCCGUGGCACGAGGAAGGGGCCGUGGCCGUGGCGAGUGGAGCGUGGGCACUCCUGGGGGCAUGCAGGAAAUCACCUACACCGUGCCGGCUGAUAAAUGUGGCUUAGUGAUUGGCAAAGGGGGCGAGAACAUCAAGAGCAUAAACCAGCAGUCUGGGGCCCACGUGGAGCUUCAGAGAAAUCCGCCACCCAACACGGACCCCAACGUUCGGAUAUUCACCAUUCGGGGCAUCCCUCAACAGAUCGAACUCGCGAGACAUCUCAUAGAUGAGAAAGUGGGCGGUACCGGCUUGGGUGGACCUGGAGGUUUCGGCCAGAGCCCCUUCAGCCAACCCCCUGCCACACCUCAUCAAAAUGGUCCUCAGGCGUUCAUGACGCAGGGCUGGGGGGGCACCUACCAGACGUGGCAACAACCUGGGCAACAGGUUCCAAGUCAACAGAACCAGCAGCAAACCAGCCAGCCCGACUACAGCAAAGCAUGGGAAGAUUAUUACAAGAAGCAAAGCCACGCUGCCACCGCGGCGUCCCAAGCCAGCUCCCAGCCGGACUACACAAUGGCCUGGGCAGAAUACUAUAGACAGCAGGCGGCUUAUUACGGGCAGACAUUAGGACAAGCUCAGGCCCACAGCCAGGAGCAGUAGAACAAGAACCUUGAAUAUAUAUUUUCCCCGCCCUUUUCCUCCCUGCGCGCUCUUCUCUCUUUCUCUCUUUUCUCUUGGAAUCAUUGUGGAAGCAAACCUUUUUUGUAACAGAGGUUUCUAGAUUUGCAACAUUUUGAUGAAGACUCUUGGUUUUUUUUUUUUCGUGAAACACUAGUUGUUAGGAUAAUCUAUACUGAACUUUUUUCUAAGAAUCAGGAACAAUUAAUGCAUACUAAACUUUAUGGACAUGGUGGGUAAUUUUUUUUGUUUGUUUUUCAUUUUAAAUUUUUUUUUCCUUUUCCAAAUUUGUGAGAAAAAAAGAGGAAAAAAAUAAGUAAAACUCAGUGAUCAUUUUUUUUCCCUUUUUCUUUUUUUGGAGAAAAGCCAGAGACCAGGCUGGCAUGAAAACGUAACUCCCGAACUGUGACAUUUCAACCAGUGGAAUUUUUUUUCCCCCUCCAUUUUCCCCCCCUUCUUUGUGUUUUAAUUUUUAAAAAAAACUUUUUUUUUCUGUUGGAACAGAAAAAAAAAGGCUUGGAAGUCUUAGGUGGUAUGUAACAAAUUCUAAAAAAAAAUAAAAAAUAAAAAAAUGAAAUUUUUGAAAAAGCAGUAUUUAAAUAUUCUUAAAUAUGUAAAUUCAUUAAAUAUUUUACUUCUAAUUUCUUGUACCUUGGCUGUCUUUUUUUUGAUUUUAUUGCAUUUUUUUAAAAAAAGAAGAAACUGAACUAUGGUAUGUAUUGUAAUUAAUUAUGUGAAUUCUUUAGCAAGACAGUUACUGUUUGCUGUCAACGCUGGUUAUUGUGGGGAGAAUUUUGUAGGGGUUGUAUAAUUUCUAGAGAUCUAAAGGGUAAUAUAAAAACAAUGUGUUAAUUUUUUAGCGAUACUAUUUUUUUCUUUCCACGUCUGUAAUUGCCCGUUGCAUUUGUGUAUCUAAGACCUCCAAGCUGAUCUUAAAAAAAAAAAUGAAACGAUACCUUUUGUCUAUUUCAGAAAUAAAUACUGUUAUUUUUAAUAUUAAGAUGGAACUGCUAUUAGUAACUUUAACAAACACUGUGGAACAUUAAAUCAUAUAAAAUAGUAGUAACUAUUUUUUAAUUCCAGGGUGUGUGUUUGCUUUUUUUUUCCCCUCCCCCAUUUUUUUGGUUGUUUUGUUUUUAAGUAUUUUCUUAUCUUAAUAUUUGUCAAAAUUUACCUAGAGAAAUAAAAAUGAAAUCUAGUAUUAACCACAGGUAUGCGCUAAAUAAUUUUUUGAUUUAAUAAAAGGGAUAAUAUGGUUU